GGGUUGCAGCCAGCCUUUUUCUAGCACAUGAAUGCUUGUAAGUGUUACCUCCUGGCACUGCCAUGGCCGCUGCUGUGAGGUGCCCGUUCACAUCCUCCUACUUAUCACCUCAUCAACCACAGCCACCCGUUCUGCACUGUCCUAGCAGUAAGCUCAAAGGAGGUGCACCCACAUCCUUUUUGGGAGUCUUCCCCUUGGAGCCGUUCCGUGGCUUGAUGACCAUACCGUCUUUAAUGGACUUGCCGGCGGCGAGUGCCUUUCGGCAAAUGGCGAAGAAGCGCAGGCACAUGCUGCCGCCGGUAGACAAAUGGAGCUUAGAAGAGAGAAUGAAAGAGGCUCUCGAGGUGCUGGACCUCAUGCGGCGCCAGGGCAUGCGGCCAGACCCCAGCUUGUACUGCAUCCUCCUCAAGAGCUGCGCCGAUGCCAGGAACCUCGAAGUGGGCGCUACCAUUCACAAAGAGAUCGUGCGUCAGGGGCUGGAAUCCGAUGUCUUCAUCGCCAAUAAUCUCAUAGGUAUGUAUGUGGUCUGCGGGCGGUUGCCGGAUGCGCGUCAACUGUUUGACGGAAUGCCUCACAGAAACGUAGUUUCUUGGACCAGCAUAAUUUCUGCUUAUUGCCAGGCUGGUCGGGCCGCGGAAUCACUGAAGUUGUAUGAUGAGAUGGUGGCGCAAAAAAUCAAACCUAAUGCUUUCACUUAUGCGGCAGUAUUGAAAUCGUGUGCGAAGCUGCAGGACCUUGAGAAAGGCCGUGAAAUUCACCAACGAGUGAUAGACGAGUGCUGCGAUUCAGAUAACUAUAUCAAGGUUGCACUAGUCGACAUGUACGCAAAAUGUGGGAGAAUGGAAGAAGCUAGAAGUGAGUUUGACAAGAUUCCUGAACCGAGCCCGGUGGCGUUUACCGCCAUGAUACAUGGUUACAGCAAUCUCGAGAACGGAACACCUGAAGCCAUCGUCCUCAUCCGAAGAAUGUUGGAUUUGGGUGCAGACGAGAGGUUUGUACAGGAAGUAGGCUUCUUUUGCAUGAUCAGGUCAUGUGCGCAGGUAAUGGGGUUAAGGCAGGGCCAAGAAAUUCAUGCCCAUUUGAUAAAAACAGGUUAUGAUCCAGGUGCUGGGGCGAGACUGGAGCUGGUUGAGUUGUAUCUGAAAUGUAGAAAGACGAGGGCAGCUCUUUCUCUUUUCAACACUCUGCACAUUUAUGAACCUGCACUGCAUACACCUGCUCACCUCUGGAGUGCCUUGAUUUUUGCUAGUGUAACAGAAGGAUUGAACCGGGAUGCCUUGACUCUCUUCUCUAAAAUGUUGAGUAAGAAUGUGAAGCCUAAUUCUUCUUUGAUAUGCCGCGUGGUCGAAGCUGUUGUAUGCGUGUCAGCAAUAGAGGAGGGGAAGCAGGUAUAUGGUCUGGUGAUUAAAGCAUUUUACAGAUCACUGGAUGAACCGUUAAUGGCGGGCCUCAUCAAUCUGUGCAAUGAAAAUCGUGUAAAUACUGUGGCCUUUGAGACUUGAGGCUCAGAAGCGGGAAAUGUACAUAUGAAAUGAGUAGGGAUAUCGAGACUU